AUGGAAUGCUUAUCUAUUUUGGUGGGGAAAUUCACUGAUUGCUUGAUGAAGCCAGUGGAGCGAGGGAUUGGGUAUUUAUUUUACUACAAGAGAAACAUCACAUCUAUGGGAAAAGAAUCUGAAAAGCUGAAGAACAUCAAAAGUGAGGAAGUUGCCCGGGGAAACUUACAACGCAUUUCACUCAAUGGCGAGGUUUGGUUAACUAGUGUUGAUACCACUAUUGCACAAGUGGAUGAUGUAAUGGGAGGUAUACCUGAGGUUGAAAGGGGUUGCUUUUAUGGUUGCUGUCCAAACUUGAAGUCACGUUACUCCCUCAGCAGGAGAGCCAAGAAAAUUACAGAGGAGUUGACUACACUUCAAACUGAAGGCGAAGUAAUCUCCUUUGAUCGUCCAGUUCACAGUGAGGCUAUAUAUAGUAACAAUAGUGAGGAGUUGACUAAACUUCAAACUGAAGGCGACGUAAUCUCCUUUGAUCGUCCAGUUCACAGUGAGGCUAUAUAUAGUAACAAUAGUGAGGAGUUGACUAAACUUCAAACUGAAGGCGACGUAAUCUCCUUUGAUCGUCCAGUUCAAAGUGAGGCUAUAUAUAGUAACAAUAGUGAGGAGUUGGACUCCAGAAAAUUGAAAGAGGAAGAGGUCAUGGCAGCUUUGAGAGAUGAAGGGGUCACUGUGAUUGGCAUAUGUGGUAUGGGUGGUGCUGGUAAAACAACACUCGCUGAGAAAAUCAGACAAAAGGCGAAACAACAAGGGUUGUUCAAAGAUGUCGUCAUGGUAACUGUCAGUCAACAACCAGACUUGAAAAGGCUUCAGGGUCAGAUUGCAGAAGAACUCAAGCUGAAACUAGAAGGGGAUAAUUUGUGGAGUCGUGGAGAUCGGCUACGUACAAGGUUAAUGGAUCAGAACAGCCGCAACCUUAUAAUCUUGGAUGAUGUUUGGAAGGCUCUUCAUGAUCUAGACAAGCUUGGAAUUCCCAGCGGUAGCAACCACAACCAUCUGUGCAAAGUGAUAUUCACGACGCGGUUCCGAAAUGUUUGUAUAGAAAUGGAAGCUCAGUGGAUCAUGGAAGUUGGAACGUUAUCCAAAGAGGAAGCAUGGUUCCUUUUCAGUCAGAAAGCUGGUGAUUUUGGCAACGAUCCUUCUCUGAUUGACAUAGCAAAAGAGGUUGCUAAAGAAUGUAAGGGGCUGCCGCUUGCAAUUAUUGUACUUGCAGGUGCACUUAAGAGUAAAACCAGGCCUUCGUGGGAGGAUGCCCUUAGACAAUUACGUCGUGCAGAGGCAAAAAAUAUCCGUGGAGUGCACGAAAAGGUGUAUAAAUCUCUGAGGCUAAGCUAUGACCACUUGGGCAAGAAUGAGGCAAAGUAUCUGUUUUUGCUUUGUUCUUUGUUCGAGGAAGAUAGUAAUAUUCGGACUGAAGAAUUGCGUACAUUUGGAAUGGGGCUUGGCAUCUUUUCGGGAAUUGAAAAUUUAGAACAUGCAAGAAAUAGGUUGUGUUUUCUGUUAAAAAUAUUGAAAGAUGGUUUCUUGUUAUCCCAAGCAUUCAUUCAGAGGUUGACAAAUCCGAGGACGCUAUGUCUGAGUAAUUUAUGGUUGGAUGACAUAUCCAUUAUUGGCAAACUUCUCAAUUUGGUAAUUUUCAGCAUCAGAGAUUCUCAGUUAAAGGAGGUGCCAGUGCAGAAAGGAAAAUUGAACCAAUCUAAUUAUGUUCGAGUUUUUGAAUUAGCAUUGAGUACUAUUUCACCAGUGGUCUUAUCAAGACAAGACUAG